AUGCUGACAAGUAAUAUUUCCCAAGAGCAGCAUUCGUAUCAUUUGCGAAGCAAAGAGCUUCCAUCUAGCAAUUCAUCGAGUGAUGAGCAUCAAGAUAUUCUUGCAGUGCACGACAUUUCAGUCAAGUCACAAUCCAACAGAGUGUCGGCUGAGCAAACCGGACUACAAUCCACUUCUGAUAACACACUUUUGGCUGCUUUCCAUAAAUCAUUGACUCCUACAAAGCUGUCUACAUUUGAGCAAGCAUUUGUUCAAAAUAGAUUCACUCCAACUCGUCUUGGACAGCCUGCAAGCAGGAUCAUACCUGGCUCUAAAACUAACACAAGAUCUGGAGCAGAUGUUCAGGCAUCUUCACCAGUUACUGUCUUUAAGCGUCCAACUCUCAAAACUGGUCAAGAUGUCAUUGCCAAGUCCAGUCUUGUAACAAAACAAAACAGAAAACAAACUCCAGCUGUCGAAUUUGCCAAAAAACCACUUCCGUGUGCACAGAUCGUGCCAGUAAGCAAACCGUCUGUAACCAACACUCUUAGAAAGUCCAUGAGCAUACCACACAUGAAUACCACGGCCAUUUCCAAACAGAUCUCUUCUCCUGUAACUCCUUACCCAAGUUGCAUCAAUGCCUCUGUAAAUCAACUGCGCGGACACAAAGUAUCUAUAAAACGUGCUUUACCCAUUUUGCCAUCGUCCGUUUAUGAUGACGAAAAUCCAUUUUCUGUGUCAUCAAAGCCAAACAAGGAGCUUAAAUCAGAAAAUGAACCAGCACUGCUUUUGCAAAAAAUUGCAUCCCACGAAGCAACGAUUUUAAAUCUGACAAAAGAUUUAGUAAUGGCUAACCAAAAAAAUGUAGAUUUAGGCAAGAUAGUUUAA